AUGUCCACCCGCGUCUUCACCGCCCUCUCCCGCGCGCGUGGAUUCGCUUCAACGUCGGCGCGUCGACGAAAACUGCACGCGCACGCCGGCGGCGGCUCCGACCGCCUCGAGCGCAUCGCGAGCGGCGACAACGACGCCGUCAAGCGCUUCGCCAAGCUGUGCAAGUCAAAAUCUUUUCGCGACGCCGAACGCUCGGUGGUGUUGGCGUCGAGCGUGCUCAUGCGCGAGUGCUUCGUGAGUCGAGGCGGCGCGCGCGCGCGAACGCUCUUCGUGGCGGAUUGGGCGGAAAAGCCGGAUUGGAUCGACGCUGAUCGCGUGGUGCGAGCGCCGGCGAGCGUGAUGAAGAAGUGCGCCGGGGUAAACAAUGGUGACGGGUUGGAUUUGAUCGGGGAGUUCGAGAUGCCGGAGGUGAUGGAUGGGAAGUCGUUUGCGAAACGGUUUGCGGGACGGAGGACGACUCGGACGCUGGCGCUGGAGGGAGUACAAGAUCCGGGGAAUUUAGGGACGCUCGCGAGGACGGCGGUGGCGUUCGGGUGGGACACCGUGGCGUUGCUUCCUGGGACGUGCGAUCCGUUUAACGAUAAGGCGAUGCGCGCGGCUCGAGGGGCGACGUUUCGAUUGAACUUUGUGACGUUUGAUUCCUUCGACGAGCUCGAACGCGCCGCACGGGAAUUGGGGAUGGAUCUCUACGCCGCGGAGCCGCGAGCAGACGAAGAUGUCGAUCCUGAGCGCGUCGGUGACGUCGCCAAAGCGUGUUUAGUUCUUGGAACAGAGGGGCAAGGUUUGAGCGAUGACGCGCUGCGCGCGUGCAAACCGGUAGCCGUUCCGAUGUCGGGAGAGAUGGAGUCGCUGAAUGUAGCGAUCGCCGGCGGCAUACUUUGUUACCUUAUGCGACUCAGAUAA